AUAAACGGGUCUCUUACGGCAAAAGCAAGCAGGAAAAGAUAUUGGGCAUGCAGCACAUUAUUAUCUUACCGUCUGCAGAUAAUUUUCCUAGGAACAAAGAAAAACAAAAAAAGCAAACUGGUAACGUGCGGGAAGGGUCUGCCAUCUGCUCGGGCGCGUCGUCCGGGCAGUGAAGGUCCAAGAAAGCUGGUGAAGACUCUUCUUCGCUGCUUCAGCCCCGAGAAGAGCGGAAGAAAAGUGAAGCAGGGAAACGCGCCUGCCGGAGUCGAUCUCCAUGGAUUCGACCGUCAGCCGUCGCCUCCAGGCUAUCCAAGGCCACAUCUCCUCGUCUCCGGCACAAGUCCGUGCGGCACCGGCCGCGGGAGAGUUCGUUUCUGACCAGGGCUAUAGUGUCGUUCUUCCUGAAAAGUUGCACACAGGGAAGUGGAAUGUGUACAGGUCUGCUUAUUCCCCUUUGAAGCUUGUUACCAGAUUUGCUGACCAUCCUGAGAUUGGGACCUUGCAUGAUAACUUUGUGCAUGCUGUUGAGGCUUUCCAAAACUACAAGUACUUGGGCACAAGAAUUCGGAUGGAUGGUACUGUUGGCGAAUACAAAUGGAUGACAUAUGGAGAAGCAGGAACUGCAAGGACUGCAAUUGGCUCUGGGCUGAUAUACCAUGGGAUUCCAAAAGGGGCAUUUGUUGGAUUAUACUUCAUCAACAGGCCAGAGUGGAUGAUUGUGGAUCAUGCCUGCUCUGCAUAUUCUUUUGUAUCAGUUCCUUUAUAUGAUACCCUUGGCCCUGAUGCUGUUAAAUACAUAACCAACCAUGCUAGCAUACAAGCCAUCUUUUGUACACCUCAAACAAUGGACACUUUGUUGAGCUUCCUAUCUGAGAUUCCAUCUGUCCGCCUCAUAGUGGUUGUUGGAGUGGUGGAUGAGCUCAUGCCACCUCUUCCAUCUUCAACCGGCAUCCAGAUCGUAUCUUACUCAAAAUUGCUUAAUCAGGGUCAAUGUAACCUGCUACAAUUUCGUCCUCCAAAGCCUGAAGAUAUUGCAACAGUAUGCUAUACUAGUGGAACGACUGGCACACCAAAGGGAGUUGUACUAUCGCAUGGAAACUUGAUUGCAAAUGUUGCUGGUUCAUCUCUUAGAACUGAAUUUUACUCGUCAGAUGUAUAUAUUUCAUAUCUGCCACUGGCUCACAUAUAUGAGCGGUGCAACCAAAUUAUCACAGUGUAUUCUGGAUGUGCUGUUGGCUUCUAUCAAGGGGACAAUAUGAAGCUAAUGGAUGACUUGGCAGUACUUAGACCAACACUCUUUUUUAGUGUGCCCAGACUAUAUAACCGAAUCUAUUCCGGGAUCAUGAAUGCUGUUAAAUCAUCCGGAGCCUUAAGAGAAAGGCUGUUCAAUGCUGCCUUCAAUGCUAAGAAGCGCGCAAUUAUGAAUGGUAAAACACCAUCACCUGUGUGGGAUCAACUUGUAUUUAAUAAAAUUAAGGCAAAACUUGGAGGACGUGUGCGUUUUAUGGGUUCUGGUGCUUCACCUUUGUCUCCAGAUAUCUUGGAUUUCUUGAGAGUGUGCUUUGGCGGUCAGGUACUGGAAGGUUAUGGAAUGACAGAGAGUGCUUGCGUCAUAACUUCAAUGGAUGUUGGCGACUUUUUGACUGGUCAUGUUGGGUCUCCCAAUCCUUCUUGUGAGGUGAAGCUUGUGGAUGUUCCAGAAAUGAAUUACACAACUGAUGAUAAGCCUUAUCCUCGUGGUGAGAUCUGUGUUAGAGGUCCUAUUAUUUUCCAAGGCUACUACAAAGAUGAAACACAAACGAGGGAGGCAAUUGAUGAUGAUCAUUGGCUUCAUACUGGGGAUAUUGGAGUAUGGUUACCUGGAGGACGUCUAAAGAUUAUUGACAGGAAAAAAAAUAUCUUCAAGUUGGCACAAGGAGAGUACAUAGCUCCCGAGAAGAUUGAAAAUGUGUAUGCCAAGUGCAACUAUGUCAGCCAGUGCUUUGUAUAUGGGGAUAGCCUGAACUCAAGUUUGGUAGCCGUUGUAGCUGUUGAACUAGAUACCUUAAAGGCUUGGGCUUCUUCUGAAGGCAUCAAGUGCGAUGAUGUUCAACAGUUAUGCUAUAAUCCAAGAGCCAAGGCAGUUGUACUUGCUGCAAUGGAUGCAGUCGGAAUGGAAGCUCAGUUAAGAGGAUUUGAGUUUGCCAAAGCAGUGACUUUAGUUCCAGAACCUUUCUCCUUGGAGAACGGUCUUCUCACCCCAACAUUCAAGAUUAAGAGACCACAGGCAAAAGCAUAUUUUGCAAGGGCCAUAUCAGAUAUGUAUAAUGAGCUAUCAGUUGCUGAUGCAUCAACGAAGAAAGCCUUGUGAUUCAAAUUAACAUUAUAGAUUGCUGUGGAGUCUCAGCUUUAUAUGUCUAGGAUCAUUGAUUAUUCAUUAUGGGAAGCUUCAUUCCUGAUUGACUGGUCAUGUUCAUCCACAGUGAGGAUGUGAGAUGCAUGAGGUGGGAGAUGUCAUUUUGAUCGGAUCAUUUGUCAAAUCAAUAAAUAAAUGGAACUUUACAGGUGCUUUCA